GCCCAGGCGCUUCUCCUUCGGCCCAGAAGUGACAACAAAACAAACGAACGCGGAUGCAGCGAUGGGAGUGGCCACACGAUCAGCUUGGAUAACAGGAUAUGUCUAGUUUUGGGGUGAGGCGGCGGUGUUAGCCAGUUUCCCAACUUCUGCAAAAAAAAGGACGACGUAGAUGAACCGAAGUGGCUCGGAGCCUCGCAGCGCUUGGACCAGUGCGGAAAUACCAACACAGUCCGCUGCUCGGCAGAGUUUCCACUCUCCCCGCCUCAUGUGAGCCUCAGCUGCGGGGAGAAAGUUGUGCUGACAUGUUUCCCUGUAACUAAAGCCUCGCCUGGAUUUCGCAGUCUCUUUCUAUUUUGGAUAUUUUGGCGUCCCGGACUGGCCUGAUCGCCAUAUUGCGCGCGGUGAAACUCGAAUGAAAGUGAUCAGGAGUUUGUCGCUUCAUGGAGCUGCAUGCACUUUGAUCCAAACCACAGCCGCUCCACGGAGUCGGCGGUGGACAACAACUUUUGGCACCGUUUGUAAGGUCCCGGAACUCUAAUAAAGCCCAGAAGAACAAACAACUCCCCUCAAAUUUGAUUGUGGAUGGAGUGUUUUCCUUUGUGGAUUUAUAUUUCCUGGCAGAUACCUCAGUAAGCAAGGAAGCCUAGACACCCAGUUGGAGGCUCGGCGGCCUCUCGUCAUUGUUUGAGGCCCUGCAACUUUACUAUGAGUCUUCCUUCUCAGGUGAACCCCGACAAGACUAGCAAGCAUCGGCCCGCGGCUAUGAAAGAGCCUGUGCAGCAUUCAGGGGAGGUAUAUUAUGGGAUGGGCCCCCCAGCUUUAGAGACGAGCCACACGGAGACCGCUAGUGGCUCUGGAGUUUAUAACCCAGAGAAAGGGCCCCAGAGUCUACCUCCCUAUCAGCAGGCUGCGCCCGUAAAGUGGAUGGCCCAGAACUCAGUACAGGCUCCAGGCUGGUCUCAAGAGGCCCCCGCAGCAGCAUGGGGGCAGAACUUUGGCCCCUACAUGAGUGGAAUGAACGUCCGGAGUCAGAUGGGUUUCCAUAAAGGACUUCAUGAAGGUGUCGCUCUGCAGAUGGGGAGUGAAGGUCAGCAGCCGCAGCAGCAGCAGCAGAGGCCAGUUGAUGUUUACAGAGAUGCCCCUCAAAGUCAAGCUCAGGGGAGGGGUCUUCAGUGGGAGCAUGCUGCGUCUACCAUGCACCAGGCUCAGAUGCAAGCAUAUCAACAUGGCCACAAAGAUCUUCAGGGUCAGUCUCAUGUGGCGGGACACAAUGUGCAAGGGCCCAUGCUGCAGCCCUUCCAGGCCACGUUCCGACCCAGCAAGCAGCAGCAGUUCCCCCCUGGAUACUACUCAGUCUUCCCAGGAGGCAAGGGGAUGCAGAACCUGCCGUAUGGCGAGCAGCAGAAGACGCAGCAGCAAAUGAUGCACCAGGUGCAGCAGCAACAGAUGCAGCAGCAACAGCAGCAGCAGCAACAGCUGCAACACCGUCUUCAGCAGCAGCAUCUGCAGCAGCAGCAUUUGCAGCAGCAGAUGCAGCAGCAGCAGAUGCAGCAGAUGCAGCAGCAGUACCACCAGCAGCAGCAGCUGCAGGGCCGCAUGCAGAUGCAACAGCAACACAUGCAGCCGCCGAGCGUUCCUCCACAGCAGGAGGCUGCACAAGUGCAAACAAACCCAACUUUUGGCUACCAGCCAUCUGAGCUUUGUUUACAUGACUCUGGAUCUAAAAAGGAAGGAGCCAGAACCGUGGAGCCCCAGCAGGGAGCCAUGUCGGGUCUCGCCGGACUUGAUCCGCGUGCUGACAAGGUAAAUCCAGGAGAAGCUUCAGACACCUGGCCGGCGGCUCCUCGACGUUCACGCAGGCUCUCCAGAGAUGGCCAGUCCCCUCAGGGACCUCCCGCCACAAAUCUCUGGUCCACGACCUCCAAAGAACCGGCGCUGCCCCAGAAUGGUGUCACAAACGUGCAGGCUGCAAAAGUAGGGGAAAACCAGGGAGCGCCAGGGGGAGUCAUCCAGAGUACCAGGAGGAAAAGGAGGACCUCCAAGGAGAUCAACUUAGAGACUCUUGCCAUGAAAGCAUCUGAGAUGGAGUCUCUGCCUCCCAAAGCUGUCAAGGAGGAUGGUCCUUCAGGCAGACAGAGCUCCAUGGUUCCUCUCGUCAUACCCGUGUCUGUGCCUGUGCACAGGAACCAAGCAGACCCAGACGGGGGCUGGCCUCAGGGACGGCCCGGGGCGGGUGAGCGGCCCGCUGGACUCUCAGAUCACAAGCUGUCUGUCAUCGUCGCUCGAAGAAGAUCACUGAGGAACUCCAUUACAGACAACUCAGGCCAGGAUGCUGAUGACGAUUCUGGACUGGAUGAGGACGGCAAAGCCAAAUUUAAGCGGCGCCCGCGACCCGAGCCCCUCAUCAUCCCUCCCCCAAAACCAUCAACGUUCAUCGCUCCAUCCGUCUACUCCUGCAUCACCUCCUACCAGAGCAACCUCCGUUCCCCGGUGCGCCUGCCCGAAAACCCGCUCACCCUGCCGCCCUACACGCCUCCUCCCAUCUUGUCCCCGGUCCGUGAGGGAUCCGGCUUGUACUUCUCCGCUUUCCUCAACAACAUCGCCUCCAACAGUCAGAUUCUUCCACCGCCGCCAACACCAAAGUCAGCCACCAGAAGUCUCCUACGCUCAACCAGCUCAGAAAUCACUCCUCCUGUCCUGCCAAUGAUCAGCGAUGCUACACCAGUGAGCCUUGAGCCGCGGAUCAACAUUGGCCUCAACUAUCAGGCAGAAGUUCCGGAUCUUCAAGACCGACUGUCCUCGCAGUUGGACCAGCACAAGGCAGACUUGGUUUGGCUUCCACUGGACGAUUCGUGCGUCGCACAUACUGAUCUAGAAGUGGUGGGCGGUUUGAUGAAGAUGGCGUGCUCCAGCGUGCUCAGGGGUGGAGGAACCAACCAGGAGCUCGUUCUACACUGUUUACAUGAAAGUGGGGGUCGUAUUCUUGAGACGCUGGAACGUUUGAUGUUCCAGGAUCCGCUCUUCCCCAAAGGCCACCAGCUGGCUGGUUAUCACUACUCAGGCUCCGACAGCUGGACCGCUGAGGAGAAACACUACUUCAACAAAGGCAUCAGCGCGUACCGGAAGGACUUCUUCCUGGUGCAGAAACUGGUCCGAACGAAGUCUGUGGCUCAGUGUGUGGAGUUCUACUACACGUACAAGAAACAGGUGAAGAUCGCUCGCAACGGGGUCGUGACCUUUGGUCCCCCAGGCUCACCCGAGGAUAAACAGAGCGAGUCCGUGGUGGACCUCAAGAGUUCGCAUCUGCCGAGACCGUCUCAAGACGUGGAUGUCAAACAGGAAGUGGCUCACGAGCCCGAGCAGCGCAGCCAGCAGUUGAGGGCAGCCCAGUCUCUGCAGGCGGGAUCGGUGUUGGUGCUGAAAGAAUCUGAAGCCGUGAGCACAGAGGUCCAGCAGCAGCUGCCACCGCCACCCCAGCGGCCUCGGGCGGAACCGGCUGCGAAGAAAGGCAAAGCGCCUCCCAAACCUCCGCCGGACCCUGACGCUGUGUUUCCAUGCAAGAAGUGUGGCAGAGUGUUUUACAAAGUGAAGAGUCGCAGCGCUCACAUGAAGAGCCACGCCGAGCAGGAGAAGAAGGCGGCGGCUCUCCGUCAGAGGGAACAGGAGCAGCAGGCGGCGGCCGCGGCCCGAGCCAGGAAGGCUGCGGCGGUGGCAGCAGCCGCCCACAUGUCGACCCUGGGUGGCAACGGCGUGUCGGAUCAGGCGGACGGCAGCAGCCACGAAGACUCGUCCGUGGAAGACGACGACAACGACGAGGACUGGCACUAAGUCACUGGCAUAGUUAAAAAAAAAGAGAGAGAUUAAAGUAAUGGACAUUUCUGUUAACACUCCUGUGCCAGUUCUACUCCAGAGGAUUAUUUUUGUAAAAGCACUUACCGUUGACUUUCGCUUUCACCAAUGUGGCCUUUAAUUCUUUUAUUUAAUCGUUAUGCAUUUGUGAGUGUGUGUGUGUGUGAGAGAACAUUUUUAAGAUAAUCAGGUUUUCUACUUUGCAAUAACACAUUAAGAUCAAAUCCUUUUCAAAGUGGUCCUUUUAGAAAUGAAUAGAUUUGGUAUUUAAAGUUUUUGAAAGCUGUUUUCUUCUGAGAAACAACUAAGGGACCUUUUAAUUGUACAAAAAAAGUAUAUGAAAAGUUGCCAUAUAUUUAUAAUAUUGAUGUGAUAUGAUGAUGAUUUUUUUUUAGAUAAUCACGUCUGCUGCAAGUUGACUUGAGGUUUAUUAAAUAAUGUGGACUCAA